GUUAGCAUAACAUAGAUAAAAAUUCCUGAUAUCACAUGACUCAUAUCUUGCAUCUCGUAUAUAAACUUGUCGAGUACGUCAUACUUCGUAGUGAUUUUCAAGUUUUCGUGAAACGCAAUUUGUCGCAUUGUUUCUUCGUGUGCACAUUAAAAUCAAGUAAUAAUCGCGAUAACGUAAACAAUAACGAAUAACGAUGGCUAUAAAUCCUGCGAAAGCUAUACUCCGGCAAGGAAGGACCGCGCUAUUUAUAUGCGAUGUUCAGGAAAAAUUUACCAAGGCUAUAUUCCAAUUCGAUAAAAUAAUUCAAAACUCAACGAAACUGAUCAGCGCUCUAAGAAUUAUGAAUGUGCCUAUGCUAGUGUCCGAACAGAAUCCAAAAUCUUUGGGGAAAACUAUUCCUGAACUUGAUAUCUCUGGAGCCAAGGGACCUUUUGCAAAGAUGCAAUUUAGUAUGUGUACUCCUGAAAUUAAUAAGGAACUUGCGACACUUUGCAAUGGACAAAAACCAGAGUCUAUUAUACUUAUAGGUGUCGAAACGCAUGUCUGUGUAGAAAAUACAGCUGUUGACUUAAGACAAUACGGUUAUGAAGUUCAUACUGUGGCAGACUGUUGUUCAUCGCGUACUCAAGAGGAUAGAUUACUAGCUUUGGAGAGAAUGCGAGACAUAGGAUGUCACAUAACCACUUCUGAGAAUGUUAUAUUCAAGCUUAUACGGGACGCAAGCAGUGAACAAUUCAAAACUAUAUUGUCUCUCGUUAAAACACCAACUCCAUACACAGGGUUAGUUCCUGUCUCAAAAAUAUAAAUUUCUUGAAAAAAAAAAUA